ACUCUGACAGGAGCGAUCCACCUUUGAGAGACUUGGUUCAUUGAGAAAGAGAAAGAGGGAAACAAUAGCUGUGGCUUUACAGAAAACAUCUGUACAAAUACAGUUCAACUAAAAAAGCAACUCUUCCUCCUCCUGGGAGAGGAGAUAAGAAUUUCUGAAGCAAUCCCUAGGACCAAGUGAGCGGGGGAGCAGAGAAGAAGAAAAAUCCCUAGACACAGCAUGCAGACCACGUUCAGCACUCAGCUGGCUUGGUUAUGUGCAGUAACCAUCUCUUUGGCCGUGUACCCAGCCUGGCUGCAGAAACCUCCAAAGAGGAAGGUGAUCAAUGGGAACCCCAAGAACCUAGGCUGCUGCGAGGAGCUGAAGGAGCUGAAGAUGCACGUGGCCAACCUGUCCACCUUGAUACAGGAGCUGAGCAAGAAGCAGGAGGAUGAACUGGGAAACGCCAUCAUGCAGGUGAUGGAGCUGGAAGGAAGCUUCAAGCAGAUGGACCUGCGCCUCAAUGACGUGGAAGGGAAGUACUCGGAGAUGAACAACCAGCUGGGCAUCGUGCAGCUCCAGGCAGCUCAGACUGUAACGCAAACAUCCGCAGAUGCUGUGUACGACUGCUCAUCGCUUUAUCAGAGAAAUUACAGAACUUCAGGGGUCUACAGACUCCUCCCUGAUGAAUUCCUGGGAACGCCAGAAAUGCAAGUAUACUGUGACAUGGAGACUGACGGAGGAGGAUGGACAGUCAUCCAGAGGCGUAAAGUUGGCCUGAUUUCCUUCAGCCGGGACUGGAAGCAGUACAAGCAAGGGUUUGGCAGCAUCCAGGGAGACUUUUGGCUGGGAAAUGAGCACAUCCAUAGGCUUUCCCAGCGCCCAACAAUGCUGCGUGUGGAGCUUGAGGACUGGAAUGGCAACAUCCGCUACGCUCUGUACAACCACUUCACUCUGGGCAACGAGCUAAACAGCUACCGCCUCUUCUUGGCCAACUACAGUGGCAACAUUCCACAUGACUCCCUGAGGUACCACAACAACACAGCCUUCAGCACUAAGGACAAGGACAACGACAAGUGCGUGGAUCACUGUGCGCUGUUACGCAAAGGCGGCUACUGGUACAACUGCUGUACAGACUCCAACCUAAACGGGGUUUACUACCGCAAUGGAGAGCACAACAAAAGCACAGAUGGGAUUACUUGGUACGGAUGGCACGGUAAAACCUAUUCCCUGAAGAGGGUCGAGAUGAAGAUUCGGCCGGCAGACUUCAAAGCCCAGGGGGAUACCAACAAAGUUGAGUAAGGCAGCAGAGACACAACUUCAUGGGGGACAGGGAGAAAGAUACACACAAAUGCUAACCAAAAAAACCCCCAAACAAAACCACAACCACUGGUCUGAAAUACAAGGGCUGUACUUCUGCAUCUUUCUCAUCACCACGUUCUCUUCUAGUAGGAUGCUCAAAUGUCCCAGGACAUGUAGCCCCUGGCAAGCAGCACCCUCCUAAGAGAAUAAUUUUGUUCCACUCACAAAUAUCACAGAGUUGGUAUAGCAUUUCCCCCCCGAGUACAGGGAUGCAAAGUGCGGUAUUAACUUUCCCAGCUUUUUAAAAAUCUCCACCUUGCAAUCACUCCCUGUUUUAGCUUGACUCAAGUGCACAGAUACAACAACGGCCAAAAUGAGGUAAGGGAAUGGGGGUGGGAGGGAAGUGCUGAGUUAGGAAGAUGAUGGCAAGCGAGGUGAUCCUCUUUUCAAAAGCAUAGGCCCACAAUUUAAAAGAGAAAAAAGAAUCAGAUUGGGAUGUUGGAUGAAUCGUAAUUGGAGUUCCCCACAGAUCUUCCUAUUGAUGAAUGGAGAGGGGCAUCAAAGACACUCCAGAUUUAAAAGCCUACUAUUUAUGCCUUGAGCUUUGGGGGGGGGGUACUACAAAAGGAAGGUGCCAACAACAAUAAAAAAUAUACAUUAAUAUUCUGAGGUUUUAUAAGCUAGGGAUGAGGAACCUCUUGCAACCCAAGGGCCACAUUCUAUCACAGGCAACUCUAAAGGGGCCUCAGGACAGUGGUGGGUGUGGCCAUAGGAAAAAGUGGAUUGAGCAAUGGAUGCAACUUUUAAUCUUUCUACAGCAGGGUCCAUUCCAGUCACACUAAAACCAGAGGUUUCUGCACACCAACACACAUCUCCCACCCACUGACACUACCACAGCUCAAAGGCACAUACCACAGCCAGGCAAAAGCACCCAAGGAGGGUGCAGAGCAGGACCAAAUAGAGAUGCCACAAGGCCCACAUGCAAUCACCAGGCUUGAGAUUCCUCAGUCCUGUUAAGAUACUGUGCAGUGUUCAAUACAAAUAAAGAGAUGUGAGGAAUAAUAUUAUGCACACAUUGCAAUGCAUCACAAUUGGGGAAAGGAUUUGUUUUUAAAAAAACACAAGUUACCAAGGACUCCUCUCACAGCUCAGUUCCCUGCUUAACUUUGUUGCAAGAGUGGGUUCAUAGUUAAUAUAUCUAUUUUUUAUUCACUUUUUAAUUAUUAUUUACAAGAGGGAUCUAGCAUAAUUUAAAGUUGCUAUCUUGGCACCAGAAGACAUUGGUUUCCUGGAAAGUGUCUUGUACAUGUUGACUGGCCAAAAUUUGGGACCAUCCCUCCAGGAGCAUAUUGUUGUUAAAGAUGGUUGCUGAGUGGGCGAUGCUCCAGGUGGAUCUGUGUGUACUGUAAAUUGAAAGAGCGCUCUGUACAAAAUCUGCCAUGCCUCCACAAUGGAUUUUUUUGUUUUGUUUUUUUCAGAUUCUAUAAUAAACUCUCUUGUUUUUAAA